AAUGCACAGCCUACUGAAACCAAAUUGUCAAGACAGGCCCAUACAUGCAAAAACAAAAAACUUAGACGUGAUCAGAAACAAGCUGAGAUGCUUCACGAGUUGGACGUUGACAUCCCUUUGCUAAUCGAUGAUAUCGUCUUCGAUCCAUCUCGGCAUCGAAUCCAAUCUGCCACUCAAAAAAUAUCUGCUAAUGAUAAUAUUUAUUAUUUAGAGAGAGAAGAAUUGUUAAUUGAAACUCUAAUUAGAGAAGCAAAAUCCUCUGACAGUAACUCUUUUGAGUUGCCUGAGAUUCUGUCAAACUUUUUCUCUCUGAUCUAUACUGAUAUUAUUAGAGAGACCGAUGUCGGCAUUGAGGGAUCAUCGUCUAAUACCACUAAUAAGCGAUUGUGGAAAAAACUCUGGUACACUCAUAAUAUUCAAAGUGAUAGAGACUUUCAAGAUCUUUUUGACACAGCUACCGCUUUUAAUACUCGAAGAGAAAAGGCAGGUCUGAUCAUAUCAGCAUGUCAUAAUUCCCAAUCGAUAAGUGAAUUGGUCCAAUUCAAACAUAUAGCAGAACCAGAGUACAUUACGGAUCUAAGUGGCCAAACAUUGGUUUACUUAGAGCAACUCGAUGACUACAAUGCCAUUAUACUUGCAACCAAUGCUGUAAAUAAUUAUUAUUUCCAUACAUUGGAGCAUCCAUCACAUCGAAACGAUGAAUUUUGGACCAAUUUUAUCAAAUAUUUCAGGGCUUAUAUCAGAAACAACUUGCUCCCUUUUAUAAGCUCCAAUACUGCAAGUACGCAUAACAUUGAUCAUCAUGAAUGCGUCAACAAAUUACUUCAAGGUCUCAAAGCAUUAUCGAACUGUGUCAACCGGUUCCUCCAAGACUAUUAUGAAGAUUUAUAUAUGAAAUUGAGCGGGCUGUCAUGGGGUCCAUUUGCGCCGAAGCUUUUGGAUUUAUGUGUCUUAGUUGCACUAGAAGAUUACGAAGAAGAAGAGUUAUGUUUUCUUCAGCUUCAAAUAGUCAUAUAUCUUAGGCUAAGACAAAUCAUAGCAUUUGCCUCAUGUUUAUUACUUCAUGCUUAUAUUAAGGCUAGAAUUAAGAAAGGUGCUAAUAGACCAAUGGUUUCUGAGCAAGAUCUCAAUAAUGCUCAGGGUUUGAACCACUGGACCCAUCUUCCCAAACUGAAAGCAAAACAAAUACAGGUUCCUUCCGCUAUAUCUGAUCGGAGACGAGGAUAUAUAGGGUUAAAGGCGGAAGAUCCGCUUCCAGAUUUAUAG